CUCGACCAGGUUUGCUCACCGUCACCGUGAGCCCGUGCCCCGUGAGUGGCCUGGCGAGUGGCUCUGUCCCACUCCCACCGGAGCAAAGCCGAAAAGCCCUCCACGCCGCCACGUACGGCACGGGUGUCCUGUCCCCCACUCCGGCUCUUCCGCCUCCCUUCCUCCCACCCACUGGACUCGACUCGACUGGACUGGACUGGACUGCGGAAGGGGCCGCCGCGGCGGGGCAUCCCUCGCGCACGCACGGUCGCUAUCUGCCCAAAAGGAAAGGAGCAGACUCCCGCUCGACCUGCUCUGCUCUAGAUCCGCAGCAGUCGCCGAAUCCUAUCCCACCCCACCCCACCUGCAUCCCAUCCCUACACCAACGUUAACUUUCGAAACUGUUUUGCGCUCUGCUGCUGCUGCUGCUUGGUGGCUGGGUGCUGCCAUGGGGUGCGGCCACUCCAAGCCGCCCCGUGGGGAUCAGGACGCGGCGGUCGCGCUCUGCCGGGACCGCUCCGCGCUGCUGGCGGACGCCAUUCGCCACCGCUACGCCCUCGCCGACGCCCACCGCGCCUACGCCGCCUCGCUCAAGGCCGCCGGCGCCGCGCUGCACGACUUCCUCCUACUGCCGCCGCCGCCUCCGCCCGAGCCACCGGCGCUGCCGCCGCGCCUCCCUGAGCGCCGGAAGGGGGACCCGCUCCCCGCUGCCGACGCGCCCGACAACAAGGCCGAUGACGACGACGGCGGCCACAUUUGCUUCCACUCGGACGACGAAGACGGCCCCGACGGCGCGCACAUCAGCUUCCCGUCCGACGACGACGAGGCCGACCCGCAUGCCCCCCGCCUCGAGCCCCUCCCGUCCGCGCCACCGCCACCGCAGCAGGUGCCUCCGCCUUUCGUUUCCGGAUACGCUCCGCCGCUCUACAGUUACGUCCCCGGCCAAGCGUAUGGGUACGGGCCCGACAUUGACGCCUAUGGACAUGGUUUCUUCAACAUCACCUAUGCCCGCAGCCAGCCGCCGCCGCUGUCUGUGUCAUACGAGCACCGCACCCAAGCCACCAAUGCCACCGUCCAUUACUACCCGGGCAAUGCUGCCUCUGGGCCACCGCUGCCCGGAUCUUACUACGGCGGCUUCCAUGAGACGGCAGCCUCCUCUGUCGAUGGGGCUGCGCCGGCGCCACCGCAGGUGUCGAGCUGGGACUUCUUUAACCCGUUUGAGUCAGUUGAAACUUACUACCAAGAGGAGCCGGCCGCCGUGGCGGCCCAUACCCCUAGCCGGACCUCCAAGGUGGCGCAGGAGGGGGGCGAAAUCCCGGAAUUGGAGAAUGCCAAAGUGGAAGAAGAGGUCGUCAAGGAAGCACGCAGCAAUGGCAACCACGACAGUGAAGCCGACAGACCUGGGCUCUCCAAGGACGAAGGGAGGAGCAGUGCCGGCGAGGAGCCGCACAGGGAGUCCAAGUCGUCGGAGGCAAGCAGCAUGGUUCAUCAUGUCCAUGUAGUGGAGAAGAGUGUGGUGGAAGGACAUUCAGAUGCCGCUGCUGCGGUUCCCGGGAAGUCCUACAACGAUGAUAUUGAGGUGGCAAGGGAGAUCAGGUCGCAGUUCGAGCAUGCCGCAAACUCUGCAGCCAAUGUAUCCAAGGUGCUCGAGGUUGGGAAGAUGCCUUACCACCCCAAGACCUCAGGGCUGAAAGUAUCCUCAUCGAUGAUAAUCUGUGGCCGGCCUUCGGUCGGCGAGGAGUUCGUGCAGUUUGUGGAGGACAAAGCUACAGAACAUGGCAACCUUUCUUCGACAUUGCAGAAGCUCUACAUGUGGGAGGAGAAGCUUCUUGAAGAACUCAAGACCGAGGAGAAGAUGAGGGUGCUGUAUGGUAAAAAAUGUGAGGAACUAAAAGUUCUUUAUGAGAGAGGUGCUGAGGCUCAUAAACUUGAGGCAAUUGAAACUUAUACCAGGAAGCUAUCGACAAAAAUGAGUGUUGCCAUUCAGGUUGUCAACACUAUCUCAAAGAAGAUCAAUAAGCUGAGAGAUGAAGAAUUAUGGCCGCAAACAAAUGAGCUGAUUCAAGGGUUGAUGCAAAUGUGGCAUGCCAUGUCAGAAUGCCAUAAAAUCCAGUGCCAUGCCUUGUCGCAAGCUAAAAGCAUCGACUCCACUGUCGCAGCUGCAAGAUUCAGUGAAGCCCAUAUCGACUUAAUCAAGCACCUGGAGCUUGAGUUGCUGGAUUUGGUUGCCAGUUUCGCCGCAUGGGUUAACGCGCAAACGAGCUACAUUGGCACUAUAAACGACUGGCUGAAGAAGGGAAUUGACUACGUGCCUGAAGUGACCGACGACGGCACUCCCCCGUUCUCCCCGGGGCGCCUGGGAGCACCCCCCAUCUUCAUCAUCUGUAAUAACUGGGCGACCGGAAUCGCGAGGAUACCGGAGACGAAGGUGGUAGACGCCAUGCAGGCUCUUGCCUCCCAGGUUCUGCACCUGUGGGAGAAGCACAGGCUAGAGUGGAGGCAGGGCAUGAUGGCCAACGGAGACAUGGACAGGGAGCUUAGGGUGAUGGAGAGGGAUGAAGCGUCGAUGCGCAAGGCCCUUGAGGCACAGAAUAAGAAGCUCGUGCUCGUUUCGAAUCAGGGCGGCGUGUCCUUGUCUGCGCAGGCCGUGCGGGAUGGUGAUCCGCCCUCUGAAGUGGGUUUGCAGUCAUGCAUGAACAGGUUCUUCGAAGCGAUGGAGAGCUUCGCCGCCGCCUGCGCAAACGCGUACAAGGAUCUCCAUCUUCGUUGCGAAGAAGAGAGGGCUCGACCUGCCCAGGAGACCGACAGAGUUUCCUAGUUGCGUUUUCAGACUUUGCUUGUACAGUGAGAAGUGGUUUGGAUGAGCAGCAAAGGUGCACAUAGCAGCAGUAUCACAGAUUCAAAUUGCACUGUCUUUCUCCCUCUGUUGGGUUUUGGGAUCGUCACUGGGUUUUAAGCAGCCCAUGUGAAAGCUUGUCCUAAAGAUGAGCUCUGAUGAUCAGAUUCCCACUGCUCUUACCAAACCUUUUGAGAACUAGGCUGUAGCCUAGUGGCAAGAGAGCGCAGUGACGUCUCCAGCAACCAGGGUUCGAGCCACGUCGGGGACGAAUUUCUGGUUUCUCACAAGGAAUGCUUCUCCUAUAUCAAUAAACCAUGGGUGCUAGUGCCCAUGAGUUUCAUCUUACCAAACCUUUUGAUGAUCGUCUGCUCCUCCUCAUCAAUCGUUGUACCAAUGCCGGCCGGAAGACUGCGUUAUCGCCAGAAGGAAGAAAGCAUCAGAGACAAAGGAGAAACAGAAGGCAAACAGAAGGCGCGGAUCGGAAUAGAGAUCUUUUAUCAUUCAUGAUGAAAACCCUACAAUUGUCGGUGUAAGAGCUUGGUAUUCUCUAGCCAAUGCAUGAUCCUGAUAGAUGUUUGGUGCUCAUUCUGGAGCUCUGCUACAGCUUCGUCCCCAAGUUAUCCGGGGAUUGAGCUUUUUAGUAUAGACAAAGGUCCUGGCACCGCUAGCAUACUCUGAUUUUUCAUCCAUUGUCGAAAUUCACAUCUUAUUUAUUUCUAUACAUAUGAUUCAUUUGUAAUUGUGACUUUUGUACAGCUAUGGUAUAACUUGAGCCUUUGUGUAACAGCUGUUCUACUUUUUAA